CCCGCCCCGCGGCCCCGGGCCCGCACUCCGGCGCCGUCCCUCCUCCCCGGCUGGGCGCCGCGGCCCCGGCAUGAGGAGCGGGCGAUGAUCCCUGCCAACGCCUCCACCAGGAAGGGGCCCGAGGGCAAGUACCCGCUGCACUACCUCGUGUGGCACAACCGCCACCGUGAGCUGGAGAAAGAGGUCCGCGCGGGCCAGGUGGACAUUGAGCAGCUGGAUCCCCGUGGUCGGACUCCCCUGCACCUGGCCACUACACUGGGGCACCUGGAGUGUGCCCGUGUGCUCCUGGCACACGGCGCAGAUGUGGGCAGGGAGAAUCGCAGCGGCUGGACAGUGCUUCAGGAGGCUGUAAGUACCCGGGACCUGGAGCUGGUGCAGCUGGUGCUGCGGUACCGGGACUACCAGCGGGUGGUAAAGAGGUUGGCGGGCAUCCCUGUGCUCCUGGAGAAGCUGCGCAAAGCCCAGGACUUCUACGUGGAGAUGAAAUGGGAGUUCACUAGCUGGGUGCCCCUGGUGUCCAAGAUCUGCCCUAGUGAUACCUACAAAGUGUGGAAGAGCGGGCAGAACUUGAGGGUAGACACCACGCUCCUGGGCUUUGACCACAUGACAUGGCAGCGAGGGAACCGCAGCUUCGUCUUCAGGGGCCAAGACACGAGUGCUGUGGUCAUGGAGAUUGAUCAUGACCGCCGGGUGGUGUACACAGAGACUCUGGCACUGGCUGGGCAGGACAGGGAGCUGCUGCUGGCUGCCGCCCAGCCCACAGAGGAGCAGGUGCUGAGCCGGCUCACCGCACCUGUGGUCACUACGCAGCUUGACACCAAGAACAUCUCCUUUGAGAGGAAUAAGACCGGCAUCCUGGGCUGGCGCAGUGAGAAGACAGAGAUGGUUAACGGGUAUGAAGCCAAGGUAUAUGGGGCAUCCAAUGUAGAGCUCAUCACUCGGACUCGGACAGAGCACCUUUCAGAACAGCACAAGGGCAAGGUCAAAGGCUGUAAGACACCUCUGCAGUCCUUCCUGGGAAUUGCUGAGCAGCAUGGGGGUCCCCAAAAUGGGACCCUGAUCACUCAAACUCUGAGCCAAGCCAACCCUACUGCCAUCACUGCAGAAGAAUACUUCAACCCCAACUUUGAGCUUGGCAACCGGGACAUGGGCCGGCCCAUGGAACUGACUACCAAGACACAGAAGUUCAAGGCCAAGCUGUGGCUGUGUGAGGAGCAUCCCCUGUCCCUGUGUGAGCAGGUGGCCCCCAUCAUUGACCUCAUGGCUGUUAGCAAUGCACUUUUCGCCAAGCUCCGGGACUUCAUUACCCUGCGCCUGCCUCCUGGUUUCCCAGUGAAGAUUGAAAUCCCGAUCUUCCAUAUUCUCAAUGCCCGAAUCACCUUUGGGAACCUCAAUGGCUGUGAUGAGCCUGUGCCAUCRGUGCGAGGCAGCCCCAGCAGCGAGACCCCUUCCCCAGGCAGCGACUCCUCCAGUGUCAGCAGCUCCAGUUCCACAACCUCCUGCCGCGGCUGUGAGAUCUCCCCAGCAUUAUUCGAGGCCCCAAGAGGCUAUAGCGUGCUGGGUGGCCAGCGGGAGGCAGCAACCCGCGAUGAUGAUGAUGACCUGCUCCAGUUUGCAAUCCAGCAGAGCCUGCUUGAGGCGGGUAGUGAGUAUGACCAGGUCACCAUCUGGGAGGCACUAACCAACAGCAAGCCAGGCACCCACCCCAUGUCCUAUGAGGGUCGCCGUCAGGACAGGUACGCCAGAAGCGCUGGAGAAAUCCUUCCGGUCCCCAGGAGCGCCCCGCCCACGCCUCAGCGCCAGCCCACACCCCCAGCGCCGGUGCCCAGCCCUCGGCCCAGUCCGGGCCGGGGUUCCAGCGGCCACGUGUUCCGAAGCUACGACGAGCAGCUGCGGCUGGCAAUGGAACUGUCAGCGCAGGAGCUGGAGGAGAGACGGCGGCGUGCGCGCCAGGAGGAGGAGGAGCUGGAGCGCAUCCUGAGGCUCUCRCUGACUGAGCAGUAGCGCCCCUUGCUGGGCCCCUUGCCCACCCCACACGCUGCCCGAUCUGGGAGAGAAAAUGCCCAGGCCCCCCUUGCCUAACUGAGGCUGGAGUCUGAAGUCUGGAGCCACCUCCCAGGGGCGGGGGGUGAAGCAGUGCACCAGGAACUAGACAGGGAGGGGCUUGACAUGAGUGCAGGGUAGCUUUCCAGCCAGGGAGGCAACGGGAACGGCCAGGUCCCCCUGCUUUGCUAUAUCCUGGCUCCUAAUCCGUUCCUCUGGGCUCCAAUCUGUUCAAGGGUGGAGCUAAACGGUCCUGAAGGGGAGAUGAAUCCUUAGAGGAGCAGUGUCCCUCCCUGUCCCUUGCUCCUGGCGGGUCCUCCUUUUUGCUCACUGACUCCUCUUUGGGUCACUGCCCCUGAAGCCUUUGCAUCUCUGCUCUUCACCCUUGGGAGGCAGCGGAGCUCUCUGCGUGCUGUGUCGCUGCUUUGUCCCAGACACAAACCAGCACGUCAAGAGCCUAGCCCCUCCCCCACCCCGGCAUUUCAGCGUCAAGUGCACUUAGCGGGGUGUCCGGCUCCCCCAGCCCCCCACACCCGUCCAGGGUCUCAGGGUGGUCCCAGCUUCGCCUUGGGCAGCAUGAAAUUGAAGUCCCUAUCCCCAAGGCACGUUUUUUGUGAUCAAGGAGUGUGUCCAUGGUGGCCCUUUAGCCUGGGUGAGACCGGACUCCCUCAUGGUGCCUUGGAGAGUAGUAGGGGCGGGGGAGGGCACAUUGGGCUGGGGGCAAGCACUAGACCCGACACAAAACUGGAUAUAAAGGGGUCGCCCAGGGCCCUAGCACCACCACCCACCCCUUCCCACCAGCUGCUGCUAGCCCUCUGUGGUUGUGCAUCCCUAUUGCCCCAAUUCAGGGGCUGACUGUAAAACCCUUCAUCCAAUGGUGCUAACCCCCGGCUCUCCCCUGCCCCUCCUCACCCACCCAGAGAAGCACAGACCCCAUCAGGGGAAGGGACCCACAGUACACCCUUGCCUCUGGUCUCUCUUGGACUGACCUCCCCUGGCUCAGCCAGUGAGAUUCAGAAGGACAGAAGAAUAGAGCAACAAAGAGAAACUUUCUCCCACUCCCUUCCCUGAUGCCAGGGGCACCAGACUGAUUCUGAGGCACAAAUAAAAGAGGCUUCAAACUG